AUGGCCGACACCGACCCGUGCCAGCACCCCGUGCAGGUCGCCGGCAUGUGCGCCGUCUGCGGCAAGGCGCUCGACGGCGACGCCCUGUCCAACACCUCGCUCCCACUCAUGCACUUUCACGCCGGCGUAAAGGUGUCCGAACAAGAAGCACGCCGGCUCGACUCUGAGACCACCACCCACCUCCUCGCGCACAGGAAGCUCGCACUCGUCGUCGACCUCGACCAGACCAUCAUCCACGCCACCGUAGACCCGACCGUGGGCGACUGGAUGCGCGACGAGAGCAACCCAAACUUCCACGCCCUCAGCGACGUCGGCAUCUUCAAACUCGGCAUCGACGGCAAGGCCGCUUCCGGCGUCGCAGUCGGAGACGCCGUACGCCAGACCAUCCACGCUGCCGCCGCCGACGACGACGCCGCUGGCUGCUGGUACUACGUCAAGCCACGGCCGGGCCUCGACUCGUUCCUCCGCUCCCUCUCGCAGCGCUACGAACUCCACGUCUACACGAUGGGCACCCGCUCCUACGCUGACUGCGUCUGCAGGCUCGUCGACCCGGACGGCUCCUUUUUCGGCAACCGCAUCCUUUCCCGCGACGAAAACGGAUCCCUCGUCCAAAAGAGCCUCAGCCGCCUCUUCCCCGUCGACACCAGCAUGGUCGUCAUUAUCGACGACCGCGCCGACGUCUGGAAGUGGAGCCCCAACCUGGUCAAGGUGGUACCCUAUGAUUUCUUCGUCGGCAUCGGCGACAUCAAUGCCACCUUCCUUCCGCCCGCUCCUGCCUUGCCGGGGACAGCGGCUGCCGCCUCCAUUGAGCCGCCGACUGCCUCUGCAGCAGCAAAGACACCCUCUCCCGACUCCUGGCCAACGUCCUCGUCCUCGUCUUCGCCGUCGUCCUCAACCGCAUCUCCUUCCUCCACAGCACCGACGCCGGGUGCAGCAGCCACCUCUGCCCCGGCGGGGGAGUUGCCCAAGCCGACCGAGAGCGCGAGCAAGGACGAGACCGCCGACGACGAGGCGAAGCCGUCCAAGGAGGCCGUGGCACUGCUCGCCGCCCAGUCACAGAAGCUGGAAGAGAUCCUCUCCGAGCAGCGGCAAGAGCGGCCGCUGGCCAAGAUGCAAGAGGCGCUCAACGAGAAGAUCGGCGCGACGACCUCGACCGACCUCGACGCUGGCCACAGUCAGGCCAACGGAGAGGGCCAGCAGAGCAGCCCGCCCGUAGCAGCAGAGGCCAAAGCCCAGCCAGCCGCUCCGCAAGAAGGCAACCUUGCCACCUCAUCCGCAUCCACGCCGAGUAAUCCCCUGCCUGGGGCCGAGGGCACGGCGAGCGCACAGGUGCACCAGACCGGUACGGCCGAUAGCGCCGCUUCCAACGCCGGCGCUGGAACGGCUGUCCCCCCGACGGCAGUACCGCAGGCGGCGGUCUUGAGAGACGACGACACGGAGUUGCAGCGGAUCCAGACGAUCCUCGACGAUCUUCACUCCCAGUGGUACGCGCGCUACGACUCGGCCAAGGGCGAUGCAUCCGGGAGGCCGAGCCACGAGAGCAAGAAGCCAACUGUCACGGACCUGAUCGCCGCGCGCAAGGCCGAGGUGCUCAAGGGCUGCUACGUCUCGUUUUCAGGCAUGAUCCCGAGCAAUGUCCCGCCCAAGACGGCCGACAUCUGGCGGGUGGCGGAAGAGUACGGCGCAAGGUGUAUCACCAACCUCACCGCGAGCGUCACCCACGUCGUCGCCGCGCGGCCGGGCACCGUCAAGGCGAUGCGGGCGCUUUCGCGGCCGGGCAUCUCGGUCGUGUGGCCUGGCUGGCUGCACGACUCGAUCGCGCAGUGGAAGCGGCGACCAGAGUCGUGGUACCUUUUGCCGGCGCUCGACGGCGAUGCCAAGGAAGCUCAUGCUAGAGAUGGCUGGGAUGACCCGCUAGAAGGCGAGCCCGGCAGCGCCAACUUGGUCUCCGAGCCAGAAUCAGGCGAUGUCGAUGGCGAGGAUCAAGAGGACGAGACAGGAACGAUGCCGGGCUUCGCCGAGAUGGACUGGGCAGAGGCGGCAGACGAGGUGGACCAGUUCCUCGACGACGACGACAGCGAGGCCGACAUGGACAGCGAGCUCGACAGCGAAGUCGACGACGACCGGAAUCGUGCCAACGACUCGGGCCCCUCGACGCCGCGCAAGGACAAGCGGCAGCGCCCCGACUUUGCGCUCGAUAAUGGCUCUGUCGGCGACGACGAUGGCGACGACAACGACGAAAACGAGGCGUCCGGCUCGAGCCUGCUCCUGCGCUCUCCGCUCUCGAAGCGGCGCAAGCGCGCCGAGGACCGGAUGGGCAAGUCGAAGCUCAAGCAGAGCCUGACUGGCGACGAGCUGGCUGGUAGUGCCGGUGGCGCGAACGACGACGACGGCGCUGGCGGCGGCAGCGGCAGCGGCACGGCGGACGAAGGCGAGCACAAGGACGGCGGGCCGAGGCAGGCCCGGGCGACGAACGGAGGGAGACGGAGUCGAGACGGCGACGAGGAAGGGGCCACCGAUACGGGCAGCAUCGACGAGAGUUUCCUCGACGAUUUGGCCAACGAGAUUGAUCUCCAGAUGGACGAGGACGCCGAUGGCGAGGCUGCCAGCCACAGCGACGACGACUGA